AUGUCUCUUCCUUCUUCUUUGCUGGAAUGUGAUCGUUGCUUUACUUGUGGCAGCAUUAAUAAGCGUAAAAGAAUCAGACAUUGUUCAAAUUGUCAACGGUCUUUUCAUUUAUCUUGCGUAGGAUUGACUAGAAAUGCUUCAGUGUCUCUGGUUGUUUGGAGUUGUUCACAUUGUCUGUCUCUCUCGGCUCUACAAGAUAGUGUGAUCCAUCAACAUAAUGAACCAACCCAAAGAGAUGCCAGUGAAGUUUUGAGGGCAACCUCACUCCUUAGGCAAUUCCGGAAGGUGCCUUUAAAAAUCCCUAAAUCUGUUAGAAUCGCGGCAGCCGAUGCUAAGUUGACUGAGGGUGAUGCCUCAGCUGCAGUUAGAGUAUUGGCCGCAUUCUAUACUAUACUAGCUACUACACCAGAAGUUGUCACAGCUCUCCGUCGGAAACAUCCUGCGUCACCAUCAGAUGUCAGAUUUGUUCAGAUGGAAAACAAUGAUUCAAAUAUUGAAAUCUCAAAGGAAGCAAUGGUUGCCGUUCUGAAAUCUUUCUCGGGAAGCAGCAGUGGAGGCGUGGACGACCUUCAACCUGGUCACAUCAAGGACUUAAUUUCUGCCCACACUGCCGAAGCUGGUGAACAUUUGAAAACAUCCAUAACAGCUCUUUUUAAUACCCUUCUCCGACUUAAUAUUUUCAGCCAACUUAACGGCUUAAAAAAUCCGCCCUAUCGCUGUUUGUAA